AUGACAAUGAAAUCGACCAAAACCUUUACCACUAAGAUCUCAGAGUCACGAACAAAGAAAGCGUUAAGUACUGCGUCACUUAUUCUCUUUUCACUGAAUCAAGAUGCCAAGAUCAAAUUUAAUUCCACCAAAGAGUCCAACUAUGCCGAGAAAGUAUUUAUUGGUGAAGAAUUUAAAAUAGAAGGGAAGGUUUAUACCCGUCCCGAUUUUUUAAAGACAGCUUAUCUAUUCAACAAUGAAAUGCAUAACAUCAUAAAGGAAGCAAAGAGAAAAGGCGUCCGAGACGUUACUGUGAAUUACAACAUGUUACGCUCAAUGCAAAAUUCGGUGAUUCCCGAAGUUAAAGAAGACCAAAAUUCCAAAGUGCGAAAUAAAAAUAGAGAAGCCGCCUUUUCCAACUUUUUAGCAGUGUUUUUACUCGAAAGAGGGUUUACACUCGUCACUUCGACAAAGAAGAUGAAAAUGUCAUCGAAGACAAUCCAGUUCUAUGCCUGGGCAAAAAUCAUCCCGCCCGUCGGCAACUCGUUCUCGGUGAAUGAAAACAAGAAAGUGUUAGCCGAUGUUUUGAAAGGUCUCAAAAACUUUAUAAGUGUCUUUAAUAUCCCUCCCGACUGCGGGUCAGCUGAAUUACUGUGUAACAUCGAACAACAAAAUUACUUGAAAAUUAAUCGGCCACAAAAAACUCCAAGUGCUUUCCAACCUUCAAAAGUACUUUUUCAAGUCAUUUAA